AUGGCCGACAAUGAUCUUUCUGAUGUUCAAAUUGAGCAAUUGUUGAAGGAUGCUGAGGAGCGGAUGAGAAAUUGCAAAGGCAAGUCAUCCCUUGGUAAAACUUCAACAUCUGCAAUUACUCCAUACAUCACAUCGACAGGACACGUGGAUGCUUCUCAACUCGUACCCGCCAAGGACAGAAAACUGGCCAAUGGUGUACGAACGGUGGAAGAUCCAAUUGUGACGAAAGCUAAAGCUGCAAAGGCGAAACAAGCUACUGCUGGAGCCAAGUGGUAUAACAUGCCUAAGACUGUGGUAACUCCUGAGCUCAAGCGCGACCUUCAACUCCUCCGUCUCAGAAGCGUAUUUGACCCCAAACGUUUCUACAAAAAGGAUUCGGCGAGAGCGGAAGUUCCAGAGUACUCUCAAGUAGGCACAGUCAUCGAAGGUCCUACGGAGUUCUUUUCGGCCCGUCUCACCAACAAGGAACGCAAACAGACCUUUGUCGAACAAGUCCUUGCAGGCGAGAAGGCAAACCACAAAUUCCGCAAUAAGUACAAUGAUAUCCAAGCUGCAAAGGCUAGUGGAAAGAAAGAACAUUACAAGAAGAUGAAGGCAUUGAGAAAGAGAAGAUGAGCGCACUGGGAGGUCGGAAGACAUCAUGACAAGUCAACUCUCCAGACUUGAUCAUAAAUUACAGGCACGCCUCUGACAUGAUCUUAAUGUCGAACCUUGCAUUCAAGAAUGUCCCAACUUUGAUCACAAACACAUACCAAGCCAUCUUGAUGAAUACCAGAGUCUUAGCCACAUUGCUACAGACGACUGUGUCUUGCAAGUUCUCUUUGCUAUCAUCUUAUCGAUAUUCUAUUCUCGGUAGGUACUGUACUAAGUGAGGUGGUCACAAUCAAAUUUUGACUUGUCGCCGCAUAGCUUCACACGCAGCAUAUGCGGGUCAACACGCAGUGUGGUUGAUCCUUCAAUGAAGAGUAUACCCCAUGGGUUCUUCUCCUCUUUAAUGGGCAGAGGAGUCGAGAAUGCCUCAUGGCAACUUCAAAAG